GAGUUUUGGAGUAUUUUAAGUGUGUUUGGGGAUAUUUUGGUGCACUUUCGAUGUGUUUAGGGUGUUUUUUGUGCGUUUAGGAGUGUUUAAGGUGUUUUAAGGUGUUUUAGUGUGGUUGGAGUUGCUUUUGAGGUGUUUUGGUUAUGUUAUAGGCAUGUUGCAGAUAAGUACUGGGUCUUUGAGGGUAGAAGUGGUGUGCUGGAGGUAAAAUAAAAGGUUCUGGAGUGUUUAAGGGGGGACUGUGAUAGUUCUCUGGAAAUAAAAGAAAAAAAAGUAUAUUUAAAACGAAUUAGAGCUUUAUAAGUCAAUCAAAAUCAUGUAAUCUAACUUGUAAAGGAAAAUAGUGGAACCUAUCAGCGGUAUGAAAACAACAAAACAAAAUACUCACAAAAUCGUAAUAAACUUUCUGAAAGUGUCCAAAGAAACUUAAUAAAACGUGAAAAUAAGAAAAUAAAUAACAAAAGGUCUUGAAACAUUUAAAGCAGGAAAAUAAACAAAAGUUGCCAAGUUGAGACCAGUCAGUGUUGCUCCUGUUACGGGUGGUUGUACGCGGCCGUUUCAGUUCCUUGCCUGUAUAUCUCGUGUGUGUACGUGUGUGUGUGGCCACGCCUGUACAGUUGCCGCCAAGGGUUCCACAUGAUUUGAACCUUCGUUGGUUGGUGCUGAGGAAGGUGUGGACUCUAUCAGUGAACGCCUGGAGACAGUAGUGGCUGAAAACAAGCAAAAUAAAGAAAGAUUUGGGCCAUGAACUGCUGCCAGGGUAGGUCACCAGCCGGCCUGCCGCCCCUGCACCAUCACUGCCACCACAGCCACAGGGGGACGAUAAGGAGUUGCCGAUCCAAAGGCUCAAACUGCACAAACUGCAUUCUCCAACGUAAAUUUAAAACAUUAAAUUCAGAGGUUGAUAUGUCAGUCUCAGCCAAAAUGCUUUAUCUAUUACAUGAUACUUCUAACUACUCUAAUGUGUAAGCCAUAAUUUUAUAAGUAAACAAUGCAUAAAAAUUGAUGGAAACGUAUCAGAAUAACAAUGAUUUUGAUCAUUAUGAGCCGAACUUGCGAUGCGCCGAAACUGAAAAUGUGGUCAAAACACUGGUGAGGACUGAGGAGGGAAACUUGAAAGCAACACUCCGCCUUGUGCCUGCUGGAUGUUCCUGCCAGGAUCCCGUGCCUCAUCACACCCAUGGCCACCAAACGACUCGCUAUGGAGCUGGGGUUGGUACAGAAGCGGCAGCAGAAUGUCACCACCUCCAGGAAGCCUGCUGUUGGAGUUUCAGUAUCUGGUGGUACUUGAUUUUGAAUCCACCUGCUGGGAGGGGAAGUGGAAUGCACCCCAACACGAGAUCAUUGAGUUUCCUGCCGUGCUACUCAACCUGCAGUCUGGGGAGGUCAUCUCUGAGUUCCAGCAAUAUGUGAUGCCCAUGGAGCAGCCUGUCCUUUCAUCCUUCUGCACCAACUUGACUGGCAUAACCCAGGAACAAGUAGAUGCUGGUGUUCCUCUAGGGACCUGUAUUUGCCUCUUCUCUAAGUGGAUGCAACACCUGUGUGAGCAGCAUAAGAUGUCCUUCUGUGCUGCUGUGCCAGGGAACCGUGUAACAUUUGCUACAUGGUCAGACUGGGACCUUGAGAUUUGCCUACAGCGGGAAUGCACACGCAAAAGGAUUAGAAAACCUGAUUUCUUUAAUCAAUGGGCUGAUGUGAAGCUCCUGUACAAGAAGUUCUACAGGCGGAGCCCAAAAGGUUUGGCGGGUGCCCUGCAGGACCUGGGCUUGACCUUCCAGGGGCGUGAGCAUUCAGGAAUCUGUGACGCCCGCAACACAGCAACACUCAUCAGCCACAUGUUGCAUGAUGGGUGUGUGAUCACAGUGACCAAGUCCCUGGCACCUGAGGCACAGAAAACCAGAGCAUUGCUGGCCAUCCAUGGAAAAAAGCAUUGAGGUCUUUGCCUCAACAAGAUCAAAAUCCUUCACAACUGCAGUACUGCUCUGAUAAUGGAUGUGGACGAACUGAGCUGAAUGACAUCUACAAUACAUACUAUAUUCUCAUAUGUAUCCCUUAUGUCUGGCCCUCUUCCAUCCCAGAAUAUCCUUCAAGCAGUUGGCAAUGACAGGAAGGUCUCAAGUCCUUUCCUCUUAUAGCAUUCCCUCAUUGUGCAGUUAGUCUUGGCUCUUUUCUCUUCAUUGCUUGUCCACUAUUUAUCUAUUUUAGUGUAGAGCCAUCUAAACAUUAGGAGCUGUUUUCAAGAUAUUGUUUAGAGGUAUCUCUCUUUUAUUUGAUCAUAAAUAAUGUGUGAGAAGGUUUGUGAUUGUAAAAUUAUGCAUGUACACUUCAUGUCCCAGCAUAAGGUAAAGUUUAAGGUGUAGACUACACUAUAGCCCCCUCAAACAUUUGUGUAACACAUUUGGGUGCUGCAUACAUAAGCAUAUGCUUUUUGCAACCCACAUUGUCUUUGUCACAUAAAAGUUAAUAACUAUGUGCUUAAAGGACAGCUGUGUGUAUAACCAUUAGUAGUGAUGACUUCUCUUUCACACAAUGCGUGUGCACAGAUGCGUGCAUGCAUACACUACAGCUAUUGCUGAAUGCUUUGGUUUCGUUUCUCAAAUCCUGAAGGAAAGCAUUAGAAAACACUAGGUUUCUCAAACCAGUCCAUUUAUAGCUUCAUUUUGAGGAGCAUUUACAGUCUAUACUGAAUGAUACAUCAAAAUUGUUACAGUAUUACCUUAUUUAGUACAAAGUGUUGAAGACAAAACAUACAGUAUUUCACUAAGUGUUCUUAGCUACCAAACUCAAAUAACUUUAAGAAUCUACAAAAUACCCAUUGAAGAAUGAGCUUUAGCACCAUUUUUUUUGUCUUCGGUCAAGCCUACAAAGCAAAACCACGUGAAAUUUUCUUGGACAUCUAAACAUGUCAAGCCAUGUGGUGUCCAUUCAGUACUGCUCAGGUUUGUCACAUGAAUAAAUGUCUUGUAUAGCUAUAAAAGUAAUGAAAUAUGUUAAAUAAACAAAUGUAAAUGCAGGUUAUAUGGAAUGGAUUUAAGUCUGAAUAUUAAGAUGAUUCAGCUUGUACUUUACAAAGUCCAAGAAUAAAAUGUAGGAUGUACA